AUGAAUAUGCAAAUGCCCAUGUCUGUUUCUGUUCCCCCCAUGGCCAUGACCACCAUGUCGAUGAACCCCACCUUCAAUCUCUCCCUCGACGCUUUCACCCAAUCUUUGGCUGCCCAAUCCUUCGCCAAUGGCAACAUGGCCAAUGACGCUCCCAUGACUCUUUCUUCCAACACUCAGGCCAACGUGGUCCAUGAUUCCUCUUCCAGCUCUCAAGAGUCUUCUGUUCCUGCAUUCGUUGCCGAGCGCAAACUCCUGGCACCCAACUUUGUUCCAGGCCCAUACGAUGUCAUUUGCGCCCGUGGGGCUGCUGCUGCCAACCACCCUGGAAACCUCCGCUUCCGAAACACCAUCAAAGAGUUUGUUCCACAAUACUCCAAGGCUACCACCAAGCUUGAAAAGAGCCUCCUCGUCUCUGCUAUCGUCGACAGUGUGCGAGACUACACUGUCGAUGGUGGCUUUGUCAAAAAGUUUGAAGAUGGCAACUGGUAUGAAGUUGGCGAUGCCGCAUGCCGCGAGAAGAUUGGACAAACCCUCCGUGAUCAACUCCAUCACAUGUACAAGAGUUCCACCAAGGCAAAGAAGCCCCGCAGAAAAGAACUCAAGGCACUCAAGAAGAAGGCCAAGCAACCAGCCAAGAAACAAACCGUUGUCAAGAAGAGCAAAGCAAACAACAGCAAGCCAUUGAUGGCAGCACAACCCUCCAUGACUGCCUUGCUCAAGAGCUUCCCCAACAACAACAAUAUCAAUCUUUCAUUGGAUACCCCCAUGCCGGCACUUGUUAACAACAAGGAGCAACAAGAUGAACCUGGCGAGCUCAGCUUGACCAACAUCUUUUACAGUGCCUUUUGCGACGAAGGCUUGAACUUGGACAAUGGCCUUCGGUGUUGA